AAAUCUAGGACGACGAAGAAAAUUUAAUUACGAUUGAAAAGAAAAUGGAAGUUGUAAAGCAAAUGCCUUUUGCAAGACUUGUCAGACAGCUGAAUAUACACAGAAAAAUUAUUGGAGGUCAAUGUAUAAUGGACUUUCCUGAUGGAUAUCCUCCUGGAGUUUCUGUGACAGAUGAUUGGAAUCUUGUAAUUCUACAAUUGCUGAAGUUCAUCGAGGUGAUUGGAAGUGUCAGUAAUAAUCCUCUGCCAGAAGAUGAAGCUACUUAUCUUGACUUUCAUGAAGUAUUUAAUAACAUGUAUGUUUUCAUUGGUUCACUGAAACUAGUAGUUGAUCAGUCAUUCUACAUGACUGAAUACCUCACAAAAUCUCUAUCAGUGUUAUCUACACUAGAUUAUGUUGGUAAAACCUCAUAUUGUAUAUCAAAAAAACUUCGAUCUAGGAGUAUUGGGAAAGAUGUGGUACAAUAUUCACAUCAAAGCAUAAGGGUGGAUCCACAAACAAGACAACCAUUAGAGUUUCCAUCAUUUUGGAGGGAAAAGUACAGAAAAUAUGCAGCAGGAUUGCCAUUCAUAAUGAAAAAGAUAACAAGGCCACAAAUUUGUGUUUUGGAUUUCCUUUACAGGAUCCAAACUUGUGAUAUAGAUGAUCAGAACCAUACAAAUAAUCGGGCUUAUGUAAGACUUUGUAUGGAGUGCAGCAAGAGAGGGGCCGUGGAAAGAAGGUAUAAAUGCUUCUCAUCUGUAUUGUUUGAAAACGGAAUAAAGGAACUCCAAGUAAGAUUCGAAAAUGAGGCUCUGUUGGGUGAGGAGGUCAUAGUUUAUGUCUGGGAAGCAACAGGAAGAACUGAUCAAUUAUGCUUCGAAAUUGUAAAGGGCUUGGAUGUGUGCAUUCAAGCAACCAUGACAUUUUAUGCAACACCAAUAAACUAUUCAACGAGUGGAAUGAACAAAUCUAGUUCACCUAAAUGCAAAGGAGCUUUUCUGACAAAAACAUUCCUAAGCAUCUGUCUGCCAGUUAACAUUUCACAUUUUCAACUUCCCCAGGACCACUGAACCAAUUUCAACCAAACUGCCACAGUUUAAAGAUAGUUCAAAUGAAGAGCCCCGUCCUUUUCAAGGGCAGAUAAGUAAGAAAAUAUGCCAGAGACACAUAUGUAUCUUCUCAAAAACUAUUGGGCCAGAUAUGAAAAAUACACAAGAAGCGUCCUCAUGUAGUGCACAUUCAACUUUGUUUCUCAAAUUAUGGACCAUAGGGCUAGGGUUGUCUGCUGUAAGGGAGAGGGGGUUGUCGAAAUUAUAUAUGGAACUAAUACAUAGAAAAAAUCUCAAUAAUUGGAACAUGAGCAAGGCUAAAAUUAUUCUUACCGAUAUACAGGCAUCCUCAGGUAGUGUAGAUUUAAAUUAUUUAAAUCAUGGCCGCAGAAGGCUAGGAUGCGGUACAGAUGAGGUUCAAUUUUGUUAUAGCUGCUAAGCAAUAUAUAGGAAAGAUCUUUUGAAUUUUUCAAGAACUCAAGUGUCACAGUCAUAUUACAUGUAGUAAGCACGUAUCUCAAUUUACUGUUUAUGUAGUUUUAAUCAGGUUUGUUCAAAGUGUGCCCUCUGGCAUUAUGUAGGGUUUAUUAUGGUCAUGUGUAUGGGAAACUCUUUACAUGAACAGAUCUAUCAAUAUAUUCAGAUUGCAAUAUGAAGUAUACAAUCGGGAUCGAUCAAUUCAUGGCCCCUGUGACUAGAGUGAGGUUGCAAUAUGGGCUUAAAAAUUAUAUGGAAAUAUACAGAAAAGUCUUCUGGAAUCAGCUCAAGAACAGCAAUUCCACAGCUGCAUUGAUAUGCAGGCAUCUUUACGUAUGGAUAGCCAAUAUGUUCACAAUUCCAACUCUGUAAUGCAUGAAAUUUAUACAUGUUAAAUUUAAUUUGUAGAUUGUACAUCAUAACUACAUACUUUGUCUAGUGUUUAUCAAAAUUUAUUAACUGAAACUAUUCAAAAAUAACUUUUCAUGUGUGAAACGUAAUUGCCAGCUAUGUCAAUGUGAAAUGUAAUUCUUAGAAUUGCGAUUUGUGAACUUGUGAAAGCGGGUGUUGCAAAAAUUCACCAUGAUUGUUUCCUUAUUUCGAGUAGGGCAUUUAAGAAGGAAUGCUACCAAAAUAUUAUUUAAUCGAUCUUUAAGAAAUAUCUUUUGAAAUAUGAUUUGGUUUCAGUAAGAAGAUUGAUAUAGGCUCAUUUUUGUACUAGAAAAUAUAUGAUUUGUUUUAUUUGCAAGUAAAAUGAUUUGGAGUUUAAAAUUUGCUGUUAAGGAUAUCCGAUCCUCAGCCAGGAAGGAUAACUCUUAAUUUUAUUAUUUUAUUUAAAAAGUCUCAAAAUGAAGCUUGAAAUUGAGAUCUUUUCAUGCAACCAUUUUCAUUUUAUGCAUCUUGAUAUGAUUCAAGGUUCUUUUAAAUCGUAGACACAUCUUGUUAAAAGUUAACAUUUGUACCCCAUAAAAGAAAGAAAUGAAUUCAUUUUUAGAGAAAUUGAAUUUCCUUUAGUCUAGCAUGAGAUACCACUGCUUAUUAGCAUGAUAUGAAAUUAGAUGUGAUAUGUGGUGUCUAGCAAUGAUAGCACAAGCUUUUUACACUGUUUUAUAUGACAAUUGAGGUAAAAAGUAGAACUAAAAUACUGUAUAAGGAUAAAAAAGACGCAAUUUUCUUCAAAUGCCUGGAUACCUAUAAUUUUCUACCCUAAAUUAUAUUUGUUGAUCAAUUUUCAAUUAGAAAAUGCAUAGCUGGUGUUUUUAUUCGCAUUUCCUGAAAAUAUAUUUGAGAUUUGAGAAUUUUCCCUAUAUAAUAUGAUUAACUAUAAUGAUGAACUUUGAUGAAAUUCCAUGGGUAAAUUCACGUUACUAUGUGAAAUCAGAGACAUUUUUGUGAGCAUUUUCAAUUACUUAAAAGCUGAUUUUCAGAACCUGAGGAUCGGACUACCUUAAUAGAUGCAUAAUAGAACUAUCUAAUGAAACAUGUCAAGAAGCGUGGAUGACUUUGUUAAUAUUUGACAUUUUUAUUUAUAUGCUGUUUUAUAGAAUAUUACAAAUGCUUGUCGGGACCUGUUGGAAUUCAUUCCACUUAUAAAUACUGUAUACAUACA